AUGCCACUUCCAAACGUGUCGUUUGAAGAAGCCAUCGCCGCUGGUGGCCAGGUCGUUGAGCAUCGCUUGCAUACCCGAAACGAAAACUACAGCGUCCACGUUCUCCUUCCUUCUAACGAAGUCUUUAUUUACACAAACAUCUCCAAACAGCGUCUUAAACCUCAUCUCAAUGUCCCGCUCGCCACUCUCCCACCGACGACCCGACCCGCCUCCCAUCACGCCCCUCGCACACCUACCCAAACAGAAACAUUUGAAGAUGUAAUGCGCAUGGGAGGUCGUAUCGUCGAAGUCAAGAAAUUCACAACAUUUGGAGUGUAUCUACGCAUGCCGGACGAUGGGCGUGUCGUCCACUGCUGGAACAUUAGUCAAGAUCGAGUGGAUGCUGCCAGGAGAGUCAUAAGAAACGUCCUCCAAACGGCUCCUCUUCCCUCCGUUCCUCCGACACCAACACCGCCAACAUCACCUACAUCUCCAAAGAAGGGCAAGAAACAUCAGAAUCCAUCUUUUGAAGAAUGCAUCGCUGAAAACGCUUCCAUUGUCCGUGUAACGCCACAUGUAUUUUACUCUGUACAUGUCCAAAGACCUAAUGGCCGCGUAGAAAACUUUAAUCGGGUCAGUCAAGAAAAGUAUCAAACGUGGGCACAUACCCACCUACCUCAUGUCGCUCCACAUCCUCCUCCCCUGCCUCCUCUUGAACUCUCCACUCCUUUCUAUACCCCGCAACCAACGACCACUACGGCAACAUCAACACAGUAUGCGCCGCCCUACGUGCCGCAAUACGCAUACCCCUUCAAUUACGUCGUGUGGACGGGUGACAGAGAGAGUGGGUGAGUGGUUUUCAUGUUGUGGUAAAGUUUGAUGAUGGGCACGCUGAGGAGAAAAACCGGCCAUAUCAUGCAAUAGCGUGUCCCCAUUCGCAUGUAGCAAGAACCAACCCCGCCAUCUGUGGGGCUCAUCUUUUCUGUAACAAAUAUUGCAACCUUGGUCUGUGAAAUUAUAACUUGUGAACCCAUUUGAAAGGGCACGUCCAUUCAAAAACAACACCAAGAAAUUAAAAUAAAAAAAGAUCAUGCCUCCAUAAACCC